CCGGUCCAUCCCCGGGGCCGGGCCGCUCCGCCCCGCUCCGCCCCCGGGCCCGCCCGUCCCGCCAUGGCGGCGGCCUUCACCGCCCUCCGCGUCCUGCUCGGGCUCUUCUUCCUCCUGACCGGCGUCCUGAAGCUCUCGGACCGGCUCUCGGCCGACCUGCACCGGCACAUGGCGUCGGAGUUCGUGCGCUUUGCCAAGGUGUUUCCGCUGAAGGAGCUGGGGUUCGUGCCGGAGCCGGGCGGGUACCUGGCGGCCGUGGGCUGGGUGGAGGUGACGGCCGGGCUGCUGCUGGCAUUUGGGCCCCAACUGCUGCAGGAGAUCAGCAACUUCGUCCUCAGUGUCGUCAUGAUCGGUGCCAUCUACACGCUGCUGGCGCUGCGGGAGCCGCUGGCCAUGUGUGCCCCAGCCACCCUCUGCCUCGGCCUCCUCCUGCUGCUCAACAUCCGUGGGUACCCAGUGGCCCCCCGGCCCAAGUUCGAGUGACCGGAGGCGGGAAGGACAGACGGCUCUGACUGGCGGGAAGCGAUGCCUGUGUGGUAUUUUCAGGGACGGCAUCGCAUCCUGCACGGUAACUUGCUGCUGAGGCCCAGUGUGCCCUCUCCUGCCUCUGCCAGGGACCCUGGUGCUGGUUGUCCCCACGCUGUGGGCUGGUGCUGUGGGCUGGUGGCCGUGGCACCACUGUGACACUGCCGUGGCACCGCCACCGCUCCGGCAGCUCCGUUGCUAAACUUGCACAAGGUGUCCGGCUCUUCCCGGCGUUUGGCCACGCCGAGCAGGGGCUGGCUCUGCUCUCCUGGGGGCUUUAGUAUUUUGGAAUAAACUCUCUUGUUUUUCAUGUUUUGCCUUCCUGUUUACUUCUGCCUCCCCCCAGGCUGAGCUGUGGUGACUGAUGGGACCUCCCAGGGCUGGAGGCCCUGGUCUCCCAGGAGCAGGCCUGUGGAUGUGUGGGAGCUGCUGGCAGCUGGUGUGGAGACAGACAGUGGGAGAGCCCGUGUGGGGGUGGGAUCCCCCAGCCACCCAGAGCCACCCAGCAAUGUGCCAGGCCACGUGCUGCACAUCCAGGGUGUGACAGCAGCACCACAACCCCCAGACAGUGUGCCUGGGCAGUCACAUGUGUUUGGGGAUCUUGCUCCUACAAGCUGACUCUCUGCCAUCCCAGAUGGGCAUGAACCCCCAAGAUCACAUCUGAACCCAAAGGAACACCCACAGACUGCAGGGCCAAGCAAAGCAGCGAAUUGGGUGCUCACAGAGCUUGGGGAGCCUGGGGUGCUGCUCCCCCUAAAUCCAGCUUUGAAGCCAACAAAAGCACCAAGAGCUGGGAGGAAGCAGAUUCCUGCUUUGAUCCCUUCGGGGCAUCCCCUUCUCCCCCAGCUGCCGGGUGCAGAAACUUGACCCUCUGCUGCUUUCAUCCAGGCGUGGGUGGGAGCAGGGCCCUGGGAAAUGGUAUUAGAUGUGGCUGGGGGCACACAGGGGGUCAGCAGUCCUGGCCACCCCCACAUGCCCCCAGCCCCGGCAGCCGGCGCGGGGGGUCUUAGCGUGGCUCCAGCAGGGAAUCCCCCAUUACAUACACACACAGGUGCUCUCCCACUCCAGCUGCUGUCCCACGGGGGGGCUUGGAAUGGUGGGGGGAGGUCAGGCAGCCCCUGCCUCCCCCAGCGCUUAAAGACUUCCCCAGCCUGGCUGGGUCAGACAGUGAGGAGCAGCCGGAG